AUGCCGCCGCUGAUACGAGAGCACGCUCCCCCCUCCUAUCACGACGUCUCCAACCACGGCCCGCGCGUCCAGCUGCCCAUCGGCGAGCUCCUCUCGCUGGCCCUCGACGGCCGCUGCGUCUACUCGGCCACCAACCCGUCGCUCGUCUACUACGAGCUCAGCGCGGCCCCCUUGCAGGCCACGUCGCUCAUCUACGUCGUGAAAAAGGUAAAGUACCGCCUCGUGCCGGGCGGCAGCGACUCGAGCGCCCGGCUGCGCGCCCGCCACGACGACAUCUACCUCUUCCGCGACGCCUACGUCAAGCUGUACGCCCCGGCGCCGCGGCGCGUCGUCAUCGACGGCCGGGCCAGCGACGCCCGCUGCUAUCGCGAGGUCAAGAUGGCGCCCGGCCUGCUGGGCUGGUCCGCGUCGUGCUCUGCGCCGGGCCACUUCUCGGCCAGGACGGGGCUGGCCGAUCGCUGGCGGCAUCAUCAGCACCACCAGGUGAUUUGGAAGGACGACAGCGGCCGCAUCGUCGCCAUGGAGGAUGCCGCCGCCGCGCCGCCGGCCGUCUCCGCGUCCGCCUCGGACACGGACAGCACCGCUGCGGGAGCCACGGCGGCCGUGCCGUGCUUGAAGCUGCUGCGCAUGCUGGACGAAAAGGACCUGGAUCUGCUGGUGACAUGCUGGACGGCUCGUCUGUGGAAGCAGGCACAGAAGUCGCUCGGCAGCCCUCCCAUGGGCCGCUCCAGAG